CAAACAAGCCAGCAACCAAAAUAAAACAGGUAAAAAUAAAACAGGGUUUAAGAUACCAAAAGAGGAUAUACGAAUAAAAACCACUCAUACAUUCCCAGUAAAAGUGAAUCAAUUUAGUUUGGUCACAAAAGAGAUACACAACAACAUGUUAACAACAGCAACAGCGACAGCAGGAGCAACAACAAGAAAAGGCACAACUAUGAUGACAACAAGAAACAUGAAUAGUGGUAAUGGUAGCAUCACCAGCAAAACGAAUACGAAUACUUCUGUAUCAAGAGGCAUUGCAACUGAUACAGAUACUGCAACAACAACCAUCAAAACAACAACGACCACAAUUACCUCAGAUCCGGGCAUUUUAUGCUUUCAUCAUUGCAAUGUAAAAGUUUUCUGUUUUACAUUACCGCAUAUUUGUCCACAAUGUAAAACAGCCCUGGCUACAUAUCCCAAUGGAGAUGGCAACACCUCCUCCUCUGCUGCUGCUAGUGGUGGUGUUGGUGGUAGCAAUCGACGUAAGAAUAAGAACAUGACAAAGUUAAAGUUGAAAAAUAACAAAAGCAACAACUACAAUGAUGACCAAAGUCAUGCAAUUGAUUCUAAUAAACAUGACUAUGCCAAUAACGAUGUUGGGGACUCUGGUAUCAAAAGUCAUGACGAUGAUGACGUUACGAAUAAUACUGAUAAUUCUAGCAAUGAUGAUGAUGAUGAUGACAAUGAUUUAAAUAGAAAUAGUUUUUCCUCUCAUAUCAUGGCCAGUCGUCUGUUGCCAUUCCGUUUACCGUAUCCAUUUGUAAGGGCCAAUCAAUAUCCAUGUGCAAUUGUUUUACGUCCCACUACAGGUGAUUUCCUCAAUGAUUAUAAUAACACCACAGAUUUGCAUAUUGCUGUAACAACUUCCACCGGUUGUGUGGUUGAAUUUGAUCGUCAUGGCUUGCGACGUCAUCGCACAGACAACAUGUCAGAAUGGUGGCAGUGUUUAUUAGUGGGUGAUGUUCCUGAACCUUGGUAUGACUAUUGGGAUCAAGUGUUAUUUGAGAUUUGCCAACAGCCCGACAAGUGGACAGUGUCACACUAUCAUGAGGACAAACACAAUUGCUACACAUUCGUAUUGACCUUUCUGCAGGCACUGACGUAUGACAAGUUAAGUGAAGCAGCUACGAGCAAAACUAGAUUCUGUGAAAAGUACAUAGUUCCUAGGACAACAACAGCUGGUAAAUAUAUAUCAUUGUACCGGAAGUUGCGUGAUGCGGGUAUUUAUGUGCAUCAUACAAAUCACCAAAAGGUACGGUAUGCAAAACAAGGAAAACAGUAUCAACAACAACAACUACUGCUACAACAAAGAAAUUCUAAUAAAUCUAACAAUUUAACAACAAUAACAACAUCAGCAGCGGCGACAGGAAUGACUAUAACCAAAAAUAGUUUGGUAACUAACAAAUAUCAACAACAAAAACAACAGCAACAACAUCUCAGUAAUCAUCACAAUCACCACAGUAUUAUAUCACGCCCGCAUUCUACCUUGUGUACCAUUGAGGAAUAAGGAAAUGCAACAACAAAUGUUAGCAGAAGCGGCAAGCAGUAUCACCAUAAAAGUAUUUAUAAGUUUGUGAGUUUAUGUAUGAAAGAUGGUUAGAGGGUUUGUGAAUUCCAUUUAAAUAUGUAUACAAUGUAAGGAUUGUUGCAGGGUCUGUUUGAGUGCGUUUGAGAGCAUCAGCAUGUGUGAGUGCGUUGUAUCUGUGUGUAUGUUUUGAUUUUUGCCAGCACAAAGUAUUCUAUGACCACAAAUCUUCAAAUAUAUAAACUAACCAACAAACAUAUACCCAUAACUAUGCAUACACUAACACAUUCUUAUUUGAAUACAUACAUAUACAUUCUAAUGUAUGUUUAUUGAUAAAUUUUAUGCAACAUACCAACUUAUGCUAGUGCAACAUUACUAUAACCAUCAGCUGCAGUAGCAAUAACAACAACAUAACCAUACAAUCAUAGUUGUUUCUAGAAUUCAUACAAAAUAACAUCUUGUUCUUAUUUGUUGCCAUUGAAACACCCUCAACAUGCAACGAUGCUUGUUCCUGCUUGUUCAUGCAUGUUUUCUCUGGCCAACUUUUUCCUUUAAUCUUUUUCUUUUGCAUUUUAGCUCUCGUAUGUUGGUUGUCUGGCAAUUGCAAACUUAUAAAUAUUUUGCCGUUUAAAUAUACAUACUUGAAACUACUUCUAUUCACAUACAUAUGUAUGUAUUUAUGUACGUGUAUGUCUAUGUGUGCAGUUUAAAGCUUGUAAACAAUUCGAACAAGAGAAAAGAAUUCAAAAGUAAAAACUUUAUCAACAUCUAGAUGAUCAUCUUGCCCAUAUAUUGCCCGUUAGUAAAAAGUUUUCUCUUGUUUUUUUUCUUGUUUUCUUUUUAUGAAGGACAGUGGGUUGAGGUAUUCGUAAGCAUUUUUAGUUAGAUAUUUAUUAAAUCUUUGCCUUUUAAAAACAGUUAGAUUGCAUGGAUAGAUGGACUAACAAUGUUAUUAAAUAUUUUUGAUAUUAUGUUUCAACUUAAGAUACUGAAGUCAUUUUCAGACUUUUCAUAAAGCCUUUUUGAGUGCAUAUUUGAGUUCAGUUCUAGUUCAAUUCUAGUUCAGUUCUAGUUCUAGU